AUGUUUCGAGUGCAGCAGAAUGCAUUCGAUGAUGCUGUCGCCAAGGCGACGGAUGAGAAUCUGACUUCGGAGAAUUGGGAAUAUAUCCUUGAUGUCUGUGACAAGGUGUCUUCGGAUAGCUCUGGGGCGAAAGAUGCCGUUGCUGCUAUGAUACGAAGGCUUGCGCACCGAAAUGCCAAUGUGCAGCUUUACACGCUCGAGCUUGCAAACGCCUUGUCACAAAAUUGCGGACUGAAGAUAUACCAGGAGCUGGCCUCUAAGAGCUUUACAGAUGCGCUUUUACGACUUGCAAAUGAUAGGGUAAAGGCGAAGAUCCUAGAACACAUAGAGCAAUGGACGGAGAUGUUUUCUAGUAAUCCUGACCUAGGGAUUAUGGAACAAGCGUACCUGAAGCUCAAAUCCCAGAACCCAAACCUUCAACCCCCGUCGAAACCAACCAAGCGGGAAAUAACCGAGUUGGACAGACAAAAGGAAGAGGAGGAGCUGCAGAUGGCACUUGCGCUGUCGGUCAAGGACAAACAACCCAGUACCGAACAGCAGCCCUCCAACAGUGAAUCCUCUCAGAAAGCAGGCGCUGCGGGUCCAUCUAAUACAACAACGGCUACUACAUCCCAGCCAACGCCCAUUGCUUCCGGUACCACUGCUGCCACCGUCUCUCGUGUGCGAGCAUUAUACGAUUUCCAACCCUCGGAGCCCGGUGAACUUCAAUUCCGCAAGGGUGAUGUGAUCGCUGUUCUAGAAUCAGUUUACAAGGACUGGUGGAAGGGCUCUCUUCGCGGCCAGACUGGCAUUUUCCCUCUAAACUAUGUCGAGAAACUCUCGGAUCCCACCCAAGAAGAACUUCAGAGGGAAGCACAAAUGGAAGCGGAGGUGUUUGCUGAGAUAAAGAACGUGGAGAAACUGCUAGCCCUUCUCAGCACGAGUAACUCGGAACUAAAUGUGCAGGAGAACGAGGAAAUCACAACGUUGUACCACUCUACCCUUGCCAUUCGACCGAAAUUGAUAGAGCUGAUUGGCAAGUACUCGAAGAAGAAAGAUGACUUUACGCAAUUGAAUGAAAAGUUUAUCAAAGCACGUCGGGACUAUGAGGCUCUGCUUGAAACGUCAAUGGCGCAUCCUGGUCAGCCACAGUUCGGGCGGCCCCCGCCUCAGGCUACAUAUGGGUACCCGCCUCCUGGAGGACAACAGUACCCUUCUGGUCCACACCAGCAGGAUCCCCAGCGAUACUUUACUCCUCGCCCUUCACACGGCGCUCAAAAUGCACCAUCAUCUAAUGACCCGUCAGCCUACUACGGUGCAGAGCAAUCUGGCCCACCUUACCCUUCAACUGCUUCGCCAGAGAACAGGAAACACACCCCGGCUCCCGCCCAGCAGGGUCCAGAUGCUUACAACAACCCACAGACACAAUACACGAUACAGACGAAGUUGGACCAGCCGCAGGAACUGAGCACAUCUGCAUACGACUCGCCUCAAACUGCCGUCAACCCCAAUGCUCAACACCCGUAUCAUGCACCCAUGCACGAAACCCAGCCAUCUACAACCCAACCACAACACUACCCACCACCUGCCAACUAUCCUCCCCAAGGCGCCGCACCUGACUUCAACGCCCAGACUGUUCAGACUGUUCCUCCAGGUUCCAACUCUCAGUACCCUCCCCCACAAGAUCAGUCGCAGCAACAACCACAGCACGGUCCACCACCAACACACCAGCCUCCUUCAAUUCCACAGUCAACAUCUCCACAUCUUCCUUACCCCGGCUACCCGGCCCCAUCUGCUCCCGCGGGAUAUCAAGCCUACCAGCCUCAGCAACAGCCUGGCGGAGCAUCGAACCCCAACACAAAUCCCAAUAGGUACUAUCGUUAA